AUGGACGAACAACGGCGCAGUCGCUGUUGGCUCCACGUUGCGCACUCCCCAUCCUUCCGUUUCCAGGUGGAGCAGACCAUAACCGUUGGCUCUAUUCACGUGCAGCUCGCCCCAGAAACGACAGAGACACCUCCUGGGGAUGGUGCAGCGCUGGAGGAGGGCACCCAGUGCCUGUUGUGGGCGAAGUGCAUAACUAGCACGGCAGCAGCGGACGGUGUGCUAUGCGACCAAACGCCGUAUGUUGUGGCAUCGUUGUGCCUGAACGCGGCGGGGUCAUCAACAGCAUCUUCUCUCGCGUGGAACAUUUUGGAAGGUACUCUAGUCUCCGUAUGUAUCACAAAGUCGUCGGAAGCGCCGAUGGCUCUGCAAGAGGCAGCAGCAGACUCCCCGACACGUGCGCUAACCGACUCGAACGGCGAUGUAUCAGUGGAGGUCUCCGCGAAUUCAUCGAGCUUCGCGACGGCGUUGCGGCACAAGAGCAUCACCGUCACACUCCUCGGCGUGGAGACGGACUGGCCCUCGCAGCAGUCGAUGUGGCGGCCACUGCUUUGCUUCCGCUGGUUCGAGUUGCAAGAGCACAUCCGUGCAGCCACCGUAGUCUCACAGUCCCGCAAGGCGCACUGGCGGGGGCACGGCAAGCAUAAGAGGCGGAUGCUGCCCGGCGACGUCGCAGAGGCCACCGCUGUCUCCACGUGUGGAACUUAUACGCUGUGGCGAGAUGGGACCGUAGGUCUUCGGCGAGAGCUGGUGCCAUAUUACAGAGUAUUCACGCCGUCCAGUGAAACAAAGCGUGUCCGUGUGCGCGUGUUCCCGCAUCGUUUUGCAGACAUUGUGGGUGAAGUACCUUUUGGAAGGCUUGUCGAGGCCAUUGGACACGAGGUGGAUCCGUACACAAUGGAGCAGUACGCCCUUCUGUUGCUGUCAGGAACGCCGGACGCUGCGGUAGUGGCGGAGACGUGCUCGCUGCAUAGCGUCGCGCCCAACACAUGGGUGUGGGGGUGGUCGAAGAUCGCAACAAGCAACGGUCUGUUGUUGCUAAAAGAGGUGACGGACACAACACAACCUCUGAAGCUUGAGCAAGACUACAUCGAGCAACUCCAUGAACCCACGUAUUACACUUCUGUGCGGGAGGAACGCAGUGUCCGUAUUCGAAACGGUCCUUCGCUAAGCGCCGGCGUUGUGGCUCACCUUGAGCCGAACGAGGUGAAGUUAUCCACCGCCAUCCACCACACGUCCGUCUCACAACGGGGUGCUUCGGCCCCACUCGUACAGCACUUCGUCAAGUGGGACGACGGUGGUUUCUCCCUCCUACGCAACGACGAUCGAGUUUACCUGGUGCCAAUUCAGCUCCAAUCUCAACCAUGCCAACCCGCCAUUUCUCCUCCGUUGGUCAACGUCACUUCGCCGAACAGAAAACGAGAACGCUCCGCGACACCGAACGGCGAGCAGGGUGAACCAGAAACGGCAGACACAUCGCCGCAGCGCCGGCACGGAACAAGCAGGGAAGACGCAGGGUCAGUGCCAGUGGGGGAUAUGCCCAUCAUACAACUUAACGGUAGCUCCGCGCGGUCGUCAUCCUCGUCAGACGCUCACAAUUAA